CUCUUCUUCGACAUUGCCGCGUAUUCUACGUCAACAUUACCGCAUAUCCCGACACGCCCAUGCGGAGAACAAUGGACGGCACGCGCGCUUGUCCGGGGCACAAGCUGCGUGUGGGCCUGCAGGCUCCGUCAGCGUGGUGCGGAAUCGUGACAAGCACCCCGCGGGGAGUAAACCCGGGGGAUUCGUGGCGAUAAGACCAUGCCGGCUCGCCGCGGAUCAUAUCUCUUGCCACCACAUCCGCGCGCGAUAACUGCUAUAACUACUUGUGCUGACAUGCGGUCCCCGCUUCUUACUGAUUCCACCCCCUCGUCCCCCUACUCCGCCCCCUCACACUCACGAUGACCUUUAUUUCCAAAGACGAGCUCCGCGCGCGCUUCUGCACCGCGCUGAGCGUCAUGUACCGCACCGAGGUGCCGCUGUACGGCGACCUGAUUGAGCUGGUCGACGAUGUCAACGCCACGUUCCCCGGCACUCCCGAAGACCGCCUCAAGGUCGAGCGCCACGGAGCGAUCCGUCUCGGCAAGCCGGACGAGCUGCAGAUGAUUGCCCGCCUUUUUGCGCAGAUGGGGAUGGAGCCCGUCGGCUACUAUGUCCUUGCCCCUUCGGGCGUUCCCGUUCACUCCACCGCCUUCCGCCCAACAACCGAGGAGGCACUGGCCUACAACCCUUUCCGUGUCUUCACCUCGCUCCUCCUCCCCGAGCUGCUGCCGCCUGCCCUCCGCGCCGAGGUUGAGGCUACGCUCGCCAAGCGCGACAUCUUCCACAUCCGCGUGCGCGAGAUCGUCGCUCAGGCUGAGGUCGAAGGCGGUGUGCGGCUGGAGGAUGCGGACGAGCUCGUCGAGCGCGCCCUCGAGACCUUCAAGUGGCACGACACGGCGGCUGUUCCCCGCGACGUUUACGCACGCAUGCACGCUGCCCACCCCCUCGUGGCAGACAUCGCGGCCUUCAAGGGCCCUCACAUCAACCACCUCACGCCGCGCGUUCUCGACAUCGACGCCGCGCAGGCGGGCAUGAGCGCUCGUGGCAUCACUCCUAAGCAGAUCAUCGAGGGCCCCCCUAAGCGGGCAUGCGAGAUUCUUCUCCGCCAGACGUCUUUCCAGGCUCUCACCGAGCGUAUCAAGUUUGCCGGGGAAGCAAGCGCCGGCUCCCACCGCGCUCGCUUCGGCGAGAUCGAGCAGCGCGGCUGUGCCCUCACCAAGAAGGGCCACAACCUCUACCUCCAGCUCCUUGCCACUGUGCCCCCAUCGAUUAACAAUGAGGAGCACCAGGCCAACCUUGCCGCGGCGUUCAAGUCGUUCCCCGACUCGUACGAGGAGAUGUUCGCGCAGGGCCUCGGAUACUUUGAGUUCUCGCUCGCCGGCUCCGCUCCCACCUCCCCCCAGACUCUCGAGCAGCUCGUCGCCUCCGGCACCGUCAAGCUCUCCCCCGUCACGUACGAGGACUUCCUCCCCGCCUCGGCGGCGGGUAUCUUCCAAUCCAACCUUGACGAGCACAACCGCUCGCGCGGUGGCUCGCCCUCUGCGCAGGGGUGGACGAGGGAAAAAUUCGCCGCCCUCCUCCCCGUGGACAUGCGUGACUCGUUCGAGCUCCACGAGGGCAUCCAGAAGCGCAGCCUCGAGGCCCUUGAGGCUAAGCUUGGCUUCAAGCUCGAGUAGAUAGACUAUUUGUGUGUAUAAUGGGAUGGAUGUUGUGCUGUGCCC